GGCUGCGCUGCCGCCGCCUCAUGAAGCGGGGCAAGCGGCCGCGCGGCGGGCUGUGACCGUAAGGCGCCGGGUACGGUGAAGCCCUCGGAGGUGACGCCGAUGAGUCUCUUCCAGUUUGCCAGCAGAAGGUUGGUCUCCCAAGUGUCCUGCAGUCUUAAGCCUUCUCCUGCAAGGAAGCAGCAGCUUUGCUUGGAAAUGGCUCGGCCUAGUUCAAAUAUGGCUGAUUUUCGAGAAGUUUUUGCCAAAGCAAAGCAUAUAGCCAUAAUUACAGGAGCUGGUGUUAGUGCCGAGAGUGGAGUUCCUACCUUCAGAGGAGCUGGAGGUUUCUGGAGAAAGUGGCAAGCACAGGAACUGGCCACUCCGAGCGCUUUUGCACGCAAUCCUUCUCGUGUGUGGGAAUUUUACCAUUACCGCCGGGAAGUGAUGCUGAGUAAGCACCCAAACCCCGCACAUAUUGCCAUUGCCGAGUGCGAAAAGCGGCUGAGCAAACAAGGAAGGAGCGUCGUGGUCAUUACUCAGAACAUUGACGAGCUACACAGGAAGGCAGGCUCCAAGCACCUCCUUGAAAUUCAUGGAAGUUUAUUUAAAACUCGCUGCACCAACUGUGGAAACGUGACUGCAAAUUACAAGAGCCCGAUAUGCCCAGCACUGGCUGGGAAAGGGGCUCCAGAUCCAGAAGUAGAAGAUGCCACAAUUCCAGUUGAACAGCUUCCUCAGUGUGAGGAAGAUGGCUGCAACGGCCUCCUUCGUCCCCACGUUGUGUGGUUUGGUGAAACGCUGGAUCCUGACGUCCUCACGGAGGUUGAGAAGGAACUGGACAUGUGCGACCUCUGCUUGGUGGUGGGAACCUCCUCCGUGGUGUACCCCGCUGCCAUGUUCGCCCCUCAGGUGUCUGCCCGAGGAGUGCCGGUUGCAGAGUUCAACACGGAAGCCACUCCUGCUACAAACAGGUUCAGGUUCCACUUCUCGGGGCCCUGCGGGACCACGCUGCCGCCGGCGCUGGCCCGGCACCACAGCGAGAUCAUCGCCUGAGGCUGUGGCGGGGCGGCGUGAGGGGACGACGGCUGUCCGCGUGUGUGAGAGGGGACGACGGGCGUACAAUAAAGGCGGCAGCUGCC